UGUGUUUACAUAAGCGUUAGCAUGUAUAUAUAAGGCGUAUGAGGUGCAGUGUAGAUCCAUAACCGGACUCUUCAGUCCUCUCAAGAUCUGUCCUCAUGGAUUGUCCUCUGCGUCUGCUUCUUUGUUUGCUUGUGGGGUUUGCUGCUGAAGCCACCACCACGAAGCACAUGAAGGACUUCAUCAGAGCUGUGGAGAUCAUUGAAGCUGUGAAUCCAGGUCUUCAGAUGCUGGAUGUGGUGAAAGGUCUACGUAAGGCCGCUGGUUUUGAAAACGACCUCAUCAAGCGUUACCUCGGCGACCUCAGUGAUGUUCGUGACCUCGUGUCAGAUCCAUCAGUCACUUCCUUCGUCAGCGAAGUCAUUAAUCACAGCCUGGAUGAGGUGGGAAAGGAGAAAGGUGUGGUUCUCACCUUAGACGGAUCAAAUGUGGCAUUGGCCCCGAUGCUCCUCGGUCUUGAGGCUGGGCUGCAGUCCACCAUCCAAGGCCUUUACUCUUUAACCUUGACCGACAACCUGGUCGCCUCAUUUCUCCAUCACAUCCACAAUCAGCAAACCACUCUUCCUUUUGGCACUAAAGGAUUCUGGGAUAGCAUCUCAUCCCCAAAUGUCUACGCUCUCUCUGAUUUGCCCUCCUUGGCGACCGAUGCUCUUAUAAGCGGCGGUAUCGACGGGUUCAUUUUGGGGUCAAACGUUUCCACGUCUAACCAUCGUGAGCGAUCACUGAGUGACCUGCUAAAGAGUUACUACAGCCACCAACCAGACGCCGCAGGCCUGGACGCAUCGCCCCGUCUGAUCAGUCAGAAACGACGAAUGAACUUCAAAAACCUCGUCAGCUUCUCUUUGCUGAAAAGCCAGAUGGUUCAGGCUCUAACAGUUCGACGCAACUUAAACGAGUCUGAGAGGAAGAGGCUGGAUGACGUUACGAACGAAGGCUUUGACCAGUUUGUCCAUGUCUAUGCUGUCUGUCCCAGCAUCAUUACAAGGUCUCAGUGGGGAGCUGCAUCUUACAUUGGUUCUCCCUCCUAUCUGUCUCUUCCUGUGCCGUAUCUUUUCAUCCACCACACAUAUCAACCCUCCAGGCCUUGCACCACCUUUGAUCAAUGUGCCAGUGAAAUGCGCUCCAUGCAACGCUACCACCAGCAAAGCAAUGGAUGGUCCGACAUUGGAUACAGUUUUGUUGCAGGUUCUGAUGGAAACCUCUAUGAAGGCCGAGGCUGGAAUUGGGUCGGUGCCCACACUUACGGGUACAACUCCAAAGGCUAUGGUGUCAGCUUCAUUGGAGAUUACACCUCCACCCUCCCCAUCAAGAGUGCGAUGGACAUGGUGCGGUACGACUUCACAAGCUGCGCUAUAAAUGGAGGCCGACUGUCCUCAUCUUACUCCUUAUACGGACACAGACAAGCUGCUUCCACCGAAUGCCCAGGAAACUCCUUCUACCGUGAAAUCCAGAAAUGGGAGCAUUACCAGAGUUAUUUGCCUUGAGGACUUUGGCAUCAGCAAUUAAUGCAUCGAGCUAACUGUGUCUCCGUAAAUCAUUACCUGUGUUGCAUGCAUCAGUCAUAAUAAAUGCAAAAUAAAUUGCUUUUGAAGUCA